AAUUUAGUUGCAACUAUGGAGCAGCGCCUGUUUGAAGCCGCCGAGAAUGAUGACAUCAUCGAGCUGAUGGACAUUCUGCAAUCGGGGUCACUGGAGGGGUCAUCACUGGACAUCAACUGUCGGAACAACUUCGGACAGUCGGCUCUGGACGUGGCUGUAGACUCCGGGUGUCUAUCGGCAGCAGAGGGUCUCCUGAACAGCGGUGCACAGGUGGGGAGCGCCAUCUUGUACGCCGUGGACAGGCAGGACCUGGCGGCCGUUCGGAUGAUUUUAGACAAGAGAUCAACUGAGGAUGUUACGGGCAGUUUGGCGAAGGAGAAUGAGUGUCAUCAUAGCUGCAUGUUUUCAUCCGACAUGACCCCUCUUAUACUCGCGGCUCACAACAACAACUACCGCAUCCUGAAGCUUCUGUUGGACCGAGGCUUCACCCUCCUGGACCCGAGCACCUACUCCUGGGCGUCCGGCGUGAGGCAGUCCAGCGCCUGGCUCAGCACGUACCGGGCCAUGAGCAGUCCCUACUACAUCCUCCUCACGUCGGACGACCCGUUCUUCACCGCCUUCACCACGGCCAGGACGCUCAGAGACGUCUGCUGGAAGCGGGAGAACUACCGGGGCCGGCUGGAGGAGAUGGCGGACCAGUGUGAGACUUUUGCCGCCGAGCUGCUGGACGAAGUCCGGGACUCCGAGGAGCUGGAGGCUGUGCUGGGGUACAGCAGGAGUGAUCAGCAGCCCCCAUACACAACCUUGGAGAUGGCAGUGGACCUCAAGCAGAAGAGGUUCGUGUCGCACCACCUGUGUCAGGAGUACGGGCUGCUGCUGGACCUGCCUGCCGCAGAGUGGGAGUCCUGGUCCCGCAUGUACGUCAUUCUCUUCAACCUCACGCUGUGUCUGUUCUGCCCCCUGCUGUGUCUGGUUCACAUCAUCGCACCUAACACUGUGGCCGGGAGAAUGGCGUCGAUCCCGUACAUCCGUGACCUGUUCUGGUCGGUGUCUGAGGUGCUGAUGCUGGCGGUGGUGAGGUGGGAGGCGGAGUAUCAGAUCGGGCGGGACGAGAUCAACAAGAUCGCGCGCGGGGAUCCCACUCCGGUUAUCAUAACUUCGUACCCCCAGAUCAUCAUCAUGAUCUGGAUACUAGGGUUGUUGAUAGAGGAACUGCAGGAGAUCUGGUACCAGGGACUCCGGUACCACUUCACCCGGCUGUGGAACCUGCUGGACUUCGCCAUCCUGGCCACCUACAUCACACAGCUGGUACUGAGGAUCAUCGCUUAUAGAUGGUGGGGUCAUUACAGUGAGGCAUUUGACUGGCUCGUCAUGAUCAGGGCCCACCCGGACAUCUUCCAGCCCGUGAUGAUUGCGGAGGGACUGUUCGCCAUCUUCGCCGUGCUCGUGGUGCUCCGGGCCAUGGGCAUCUGCAGCUUGAGCAGGAACUUAGGAACCCUGCAGAUCUCCUUCGGGAGGAUGAUGUUCGACAUCCUGAAGUUCAUCACCAUCCUGGCGCUGGUGAUGUUCGCGUUCAGCUGCGGCUUCCACCGGCUGUACCGGUACUACGGCGCCGUGCACGGCUACAUGUGCGACGAGCACGGGCAGAGCCACCUGAAAACCGCCAGCUGUCUCAGGCCACACGGAUACGCCACACUGCUUGGGACGGCUGAGUCGCUGUUCUGGGCCCUGUUCGGCAUGGGGGACCUGACCAUGCUGGAACUGACGCCGCGUGCCCAUCCGGAUCCGAACGUGGUGUUCCAGAACCUGGGCAAGCCGGUCUUCACGGAGACCCUGGGCAAGAUCAUGUUCGUCAUGUACCACGUGAUCGCCGUCCUGGUGCUGCUGAACCUGCUGAUCGCGAUCAUGAACGCCUCCUACCAGAUCACGGAGGACAACAAGGAGGCAGAGUGGACGUACCGGCGGCUGAAGGACAUGAUGUUCCACCGGAGGGUGGGUCUGACUCUGCCGCCUCCCUACAACCUGCUGGUGCUGGUGAGGGACGUACUGGUGUGGACGUGGCGUCGGGUCUCACACUCACAGAGGCGCGAUGUCGGUUCUCAUGACAACGAAGAGGAAGAUGUACGAACCACGAUAAUCUCAGAGGAACGGUUCAAGAUGGUGGCUGAGCGACUGGCAAAGCGGUACAUCCUCCGCAGGGAAAGAGAGACGAACCGAACCAAUCACAAUUGAGGCUAUAAGCUAGCAUACAUGUAG